AUGGCCCUACCAAAUUAUGGAAAGACUCAAGAUGAGAUUUCUCAAUUAAACUACAUACAGAACUCUGACCUAUUCUUGCGACAGAAACCGUAUGAGAUCUUGUCCGAGGUCCCAGAUGGUUGCGAAAAGAGCAACUUCCAGCUCAUGACAGGCCACGCUGAGACGAUACACGAUAUCCGAGGCUAUGAAGAUCAAUUCGAUCUCGACAAUCAUGGGUUCCAGGUAGUGCGACACACCCUGGAAACGACAGAAUUCGACGAGAACACUAUCAAAAGGGAAUACAUCCCAGCAAUAGAAACACUUCUAAAAGGCACCGACCCAGGUACAGAAGUUCAUGUCUUCGAUUGGAGGCUUCGCUCGAGCUCCCUGCCAACUCCCCAGCCUGGAUCAGUAAUCGACCUGAAUGACCCAUGUCUGGUCUUGAAGCCCGUUCAGGCCGUUCAUGUAGAUCAGAGCCCAUAUGGUGCAAUGAAGCAAGCUAGACAUAUUCUUGGCAAUAAGCUAGGCACAUUGGAAGACAAAAGAAUCCGUAUUAUAAAUAUAUGGCGCCCUAUCCGACACGCGAUCGAGACCUGGCCUCUGGCGGUUUGCGAUGGCAGUACAGUCCCACAGGAAAAGCUCCUCGGAGUCGAUCACGUUAGAAAGUAUUAUGUAGGCGAGUCGCUAUAUCCACUUCAAAGUCCAGGCUAUAAAUGGUAUUAUCUCAACGGCCAAACAAGAGACGAAGUGAUACUUUUCAAGAAUUUUGACUCUAAAACGGAUGUUCCAGCGAAAUGCUGCCCUCACACAUCUUUUAUGAAAGAGAUGGUCUCGCCAUCAUCUCAGCCGCGAGAGAGUAUUGAAUUAAGGGCCUUAGUUGUAACCUCAUCUUGA